GUGUUUAGUGUUUCCUGUAAUAAUGCCGCUAAGGUGGGUCUAGUGUGUCGAUGGAGGUAACAAUAGCACUGAUGCUUUGUUCAAGGCAUAUAAGGCACUGAUCCGUUCCCCGCCAAGUAUUAGGGUGUUGGUUCCUAGUCAAUGACCAUGGCGGCAAGCGACGAGCCCAGUUACGACAGAAUGGAUAUUUUCCCGAGCUCAAGGAGUCACCCAAGACGCAGUGCUCUUUGCCACGACGUCAUGGUCGUUGUGAUCGGGGUUGUGGCCAUCGUUGCCCUGGUGUUCUCGGCAAUUGCCUUGUCUCGCCCGGGAACGACGAAAGUACAGCUUGACGGUGUGGCAACAGGUUCUAGCCUAGCAAAAGAUGACAAAAUAUGGAUAUUUGCGAUUGGCCACGACGGUACCAACGUGGAGUAUUUUGACAAAACGACUGGAACAUUGAGGGGGUUCCAUGUUGACAUUGUUGACGCCGUGUGCCAAAUGGCUGAUAAAAACUGCCGGUUGAUGUGGGAUGCCUAUGACAACUGCUACACCUCAGACGAGGGGGAGUUGCCACGCCCUGGACAGGGACUGAUUGGUCGUUGGUACGAUGCAUGCACUGGCUGGUUUGCCACCCCUGAGCGCUCGGCGUCUGUCUCUUUCACCACGGCAUUCCGUAAACCACUCUCGGGCGUUUUCUUCGUGAAGAAGGGCAACCCAAGAGGAUUCGACGAAUCUAACAUCUCGGGCAAGAAAAUUGCCUUCAUCGACGGCUCCGCGACCAGUGAAUUUUGUCUCUACCGUGCUGGAUAUACCGAGGAACAACUGACACCUGACCAAAUCUUCCACUUCAAAAGCAAGAAAAGUUUGGUGAACGCUGUUAAUAAUAAUCUGGUAGAUGCUGCUUUUAGCAAUACCCAAUUCUUCAAUCUGGAUGAGGAUUUACAGAUUGUGGGUGACCCAAUUACGAACUGCAUGAAAGGAGGCGCCGGCAUGAUGGUCCGUAAAGACAGCCGGCUGCCGGAUUGGUGGAACCCGGCCUUUGAACAGCUCAAACUGUCGUCGGAGUACCAGCGAAUCUGCGAUCGAGUUACCGAAGUGCACGAUACAUCAGAGAAGGGCGUUGAUUGCGUUGAUUGAUUCUGUCGCAGAUGACGUCAUCAACAAAACGGAACAGCAGGUGGUGGUUGUUACAGUGAUACAUUGUACAAAGGGAAAUCGAGUUUUCUCUUGUUUUGGUUUGAUUAUAGUUUUAGCUUGCAACUGUUGUAGUGGAGCGAUAAAUGUUGGUAUGUUUUUGAAAACUGUUAAAAUAAAUGUGGCAGAGGUGGAAGUUUUACGCACUUACUUUUGAUCCAAUCACAGAGGCAAUCUGGGUUUUUUCCUUUUUAUAUGCUUCAUAUUGCGAUUUAGUGACCGUAAAUGUAGAAUAGGCACGUGUGUUUCCAAAGUUUUUGUGUUAAAAUUAUCUUGCGUUGGCCACCUUUUUGUCAUCAAGUGGCUGAACAUCUUUAAUUCUAUAGAAUCCGCCAUAUAAAUUUCAAGUAAUAUUCAUAAUCUACAGGUGGAAGUGGCAUGUUUGAAUCGAAUUUGGUGUUUGCAUACAUCAUCCAUAAAGGGGAAGUUGGGAAGAUACCAAUACACCAGUAAUUAUUUGCUGUCCGUUUCACAUUAAGCUGGAAUUGCUGUUUUAUAAGAAUGGAUGCUUCACAUUUCAUGUAUAUCAGUCUGAGUAAUUUGUCAUCGAAAUAGGAGCAGCGCAGAGCAUUAUGACAAAUCUUAUUCAUACAUGUAUUAAGUUUACUUUAAUAUAGUACACGUGAAAAGAUUUGACAUACCGACACAUGAAAAUCAGACAGUGUUUUGUUUGAUUUACGUCACAUCAACAGCACUUGAAAAAGCUUGGACAAUUUGUAAUGUUUAAAAGUGCACAUUCCAGUAUACGUAACUCCAAAGGAGGCUAGAUACUUUCCAUAACAUUGAAGAAGAGCACACAAACCUCAGAAAGUGAAUACGGGAAAAAUUCUUUACGUGUUUCUUUUAAACAUCAUUGAUAAGCAACACGAAAAGAUUUUGCAACCAAAAAUUGAGCAAAAUUGAAGACAAAGAUAUCUUACACGAAUAUAGCACAAAAGAAGUAGGCCACGAGUGUGGUACGCUCCUUUGGUAUGCUGUUGUCAAAUUAUGGAAAACUCAUUGCUAAGCUUAAGCAUAAACCCUUUAAUACUGUAACGGAGUAUUUUCUGUACACUACAAAGCAUAAAGGUAUGUUUCCGUGAUGUUACUUUCCAUCGCAUAAUGUCAGACUUCAGCAAAACUGUUGCUACUGCACAGAAAUGUGUCCAAUUCGAUGUAUAUCUUUUUAAUUAAGAACAGCCAUUCAGUAAGA